AUGGAGGAGAGUCGAUACUCAGGGUUCUCGGAGUCUCCCAGGAAGCGAUGCUGUGGCCGGGAGACACAGCUGGCGCUGAUGGGCCUGGUGACCGCCGCGCUGUGGGCUGGGCUGCUGACCCUGCUGCUCUUGUGGCACUGGGACACCCUAAGGGAUAUGAAACAGCUGGAAGAGGCCUCUGCCCGCAACGUCUCUCAGGUUUCCAAGGAUCUGCAAAGAUACCAGGGGGACCAGAUGGCCCAGAAAUCCCAGGCCUCCGAGAUGUGGCAGAUGCUGCAGGAGCUUCGAUCCAACCAGAAGACAAGAACUCAGGACUCUGGGCUCUCCUGGGACCUGGACAGACUCCGAGAGGAUCUGAGCAACUUCAAGUCCCAGAGCUUGAACGAGAGGCGCACCGCCUCCGAUUUGCUGGAGCGACUGCAGGAAGAGGUGGCAAAGCUAUGGAUGGAGAUCCUGGUGUCUAACGGCUCCUUGUGCAACACGUGCCCGGAGAACUGGGUCCAUUUCCAGCGCAAGUGCUACUACUUCGGUGAGGGCUCCAAGCAGUGGAUCCACGCCCGGUACGCCUGUGAGAACCUGCAAGGGCGGCUGGUCAGCAUCCACAGUCAGGAGGAGCAGGACUUCCUGGCCAAACACGUCAGCAAGAGGGGUUCCUGGAUUGGCCUUCGGGACCUGGACAUAGAGGGGGAGUUUAUCUGGGUAGACGGGAGCCGGAUGGACUACAGCCACUGGCACCCGGGGGAGCCCAACAACGGGGGCCAGGGCGAGGACUGCGUGAUGAUGCAGGGGUCGGGGCUGUGGAACGACGCCUUCUGCCGCAGCCUGCUGGACGCCUGGGUGUGCGAGCGCCUGGCCACAUGUGGGCCGCACAGAGCCUGA